CGGUCACCUCCUUGGUGGGGAACCGGGCGGUCCUUCCCUGCAGCUGGAAGCGGCGCCUGGGCGAGCAGGCCCCGCCCCCCCCCCGCCACGUCCAGUGGGCCACGCUGGCCGACACCGUGUUCGAGCAGCGCGGCCAGCGGAGGUGGCAGGCCGAGGAGUUCGAGGGCCGCGUGGAGGUUCCCGAGGAGAAGCUGGGCUCCGGGGACUGCUCUCUGAUCAUCAGCGACGUCCAGAUCGGAGACACGGGCCGAUACGAGAGCUUCAUGGUGGUGGACGGACAGAGGGACGGGAAGACCAGGGUCUUCAUCCAGAGCGUCAAGCUGUCCGUGUUCGACCACAAAUCCCUCGAGUCUCGAGGUCCUGGGGAGGACCUGGUCCUGGAUCUGUACACCCGGCACUCUGUGAGAGUGGUCUUCCAGGGCAGGGACAGCUCGGAGUGGGCGGACCUGUGGAUGCGAGGGGACGAAGACUCGCCGCGGCUGCAGAAACAUCCGCUCAACGAGCAGCUGGCCAUCACGAAGUUAACGAGCGCCGACGAGGGAACGUACAAGGUCCUGGACGCCGCCGGCCUCGCCGUCAGCACCGUGCAGCUCGCUGUGAACGAAAAACACACGGCUCGGAAAUCCUACCAGAGUCAGGAAAACCCUGCACCGACAGGUGAGACUGCCAAAAGCAGCUGUUCAGCGCUCCUCGUCUCGUCUCUUCUUGUCACGGGUUUCCAGAUUCUUCACCUGUUCUGAGAAGAUCUCCUCUGCAAAAUAACUGCACAUAGAAACAUAACAACU